AUGGAUGUUCUGGUGCCUAUCUACACGGGAGAAGUAAACAGCGUGUAUGCUCGAAAGGAGCAUCCUUUGGCUCCGUUGUCUUCCUUGACCAGCGCUUCGUAUCCUAUCCAGACAAACAAGUUCUACGGAAACUUGUUCUUGGGUACGCGUAAGAAUCCUUCCUGGACACAUCCGUACUCUUUCACCUGGCAAGAUGACACGUACCACGGGCUUAUGAUCAGUCAUAUUGACGAAAACCAACGCGCUUUUGGCCCUGACGGUGCCAAUCCGUAUCACUACUUCAUUAACCCAUUGGGCAUCUACUCGCUGGGUGUCUCGGCCGUGGAAUUCGACAGUGGAAACACUCUCUCCUUGGCAAACAGCCGACACUUCUCUGUAGAAGUUACGCUUACGCCGACAUCGAACAGCAAUGGAGGCAAGAUUGUGCUUCCGCUGGUCAGUGGCAUGGGUUUCGUGAGUGCAGUGUACUCAAACCUGACGCCUGUCUUCAAUUCCUCAGUUAUGGUUCGUACAUACACAAAGGAAAGCUACGCCGGGAACGACAAUUUUGAGCUUACCCUGCCUGAAAACACCAGACUUCAGGCCAGCGGAACAUUCAAUGGACUCGUCCAAAUCUGCAAGUUGCCCACUGCCAAUUCAAGCGAUGUCUCUGCUUACGAUGGCUACGCGGGUAAAUAUGUAACUAACAUUCAGCUCUCUGCGACAGCCUCCGAAACAAGUGCUGACUAUUACUUUCACUUUGAGACGAAGGGAAGAACAGACAGGGCUGCCUUGAUGUUUGCAUUGCCACAUCACGUUGCUUCGUUUGCCGGCGAGACACAGUCGUGUCGGACAUACCUGGGCUUGGCUAGCACUGUUAUGGGUGUCAUGUUUGCUUAUGCAGCAGACAGUUGGCACAUGGUUGAAUCGGAUCUGCCUUACUCCGUUGGCUUUCUGCCUCAACCCUGGAACGGCGGAAGUUCGGGAUACUCUAGUGCUGCAUUGACAGCAAUACGUACAGCCUGUGAAAGCGACAUAACAUAUGAUGUUGUCAAUGCUUCGAACCUUGACAGUAUGUAUGCUUCCGGCAAGAUUUUAGCCAAGUAUGCUCAAGUCUGUCUUGUUGCUGCCAAAGUGCUGAAUGAUUCAAGCCUUACAUCUACGGGACUGGCUAAGCUGAAGGAAGCCUUCCAACGCUUUGCUGACAAUGUUCAAAAGUACCCGCUUGUGUAUGACACAACGUACAAAGGCUUGAUCAGCACGGCCGGCUUUACAGAUCCAUUGACCGAUUAUGGUAACACAUACUACAAUGACCACCAUUUUCACUGGGGAUACCACAUCUACACAGCGGCGGUCAUCGGUCUGUUAGACCCUUCCUGGAUUGCGACGGAGAAUGUUCGGUACGUUAAUGCCAUGCUUCGGGAUGCUGCCAACCCCAGUGAGGAGGACAGCCACUUUCCUGCUUUCCGGAGCUUUGACUGGUUCGUUGGUCAUUCAUGGGCAAAGGGACUGUUUGAAAGUGGUGAUGGCAAGGACGAGGAGUCGACCUCGGAAGACGUAAACUUUGCCUAUGCAAUGAAGCUUUGGGCUAUGGUUAAGGGAGACGAAGUUUUGCGUCGCCGGGCUGACCUUAUGCUUGCUGUCUUGAAGCGUAGCUUUAACGAGUACGUUUACAUGACGGAGACAACCUCUGUUCAACCGGAGAACUUGCGGCCCAACUGUGUGACCGGCAUCACAUUCAUGAACAAAGUUGACUAUGCUACCUACUUUUCUGCGGAAACCUACUGCAUUCAUGGCAUCCAUAUGAUUCCUAUCUUGCCCAUCAGUGGAUAUUACCGUAUUCCCAGCUAUGUCAAUCAUGAAUGGAACAGCAAAUUGGCAUCCAUCAUUAAUACAUUUUCCAAUGGCUGGAAGGGUAUUCUGUGGGCCAACUAUGCCAUCUACAAUCCCACUGCUGCGUACAACGAGUUCACGUCUUCGGACUUUACGGAUGCGGACUUGGAUGAUGGUGCUACGAAGACGUGGUACUUGACGUUAGCAGCAGGCAUGGGAGGCUCAAGUUCGUAA